AAAAAGAAAACCUGGAAAAGAGAGAGAAAAAUCCCUGGACUAGAGGGGGAGAGAGUGGAAAUGAGAAAACCACUGGAACGGGGAGACAAGAGGAUGAACAAGAAAACUCCCUGAUUAGAGACAGUGUGAAAAGAAAACCCCUGGUUUCUUUUCCUUUACCAGAAAAUAUCUCCACAUCAGCAUGUCUGCAUCAUCAUCUCAGACUCCGAUGAAAAUGCUUUUGACUGCCAGUGAUCAACUCUGUACCCCAGUGGCUAGAGAGUUUUGGCUGAAGAACAUGGCAGGAGGCAGCACUGUAGAACAGCAGAGAGCACGUUGGGAAAGAAAGAGGAUUCGAACUGCUAAAGAGUUGAUUGAGACUGAGCAGAGGUACUUCGAACAGCUGGAGCUAGUUGUGGUGUAUUUUAUAGAGAUUUUAAAAGCAAAAGGGACCCUGCAGCCGGAUAUACGAGAUGCCAUAUUUUGCACUUUCAAGGCCAUCCAUUCAGUAAACAGGACAUUGCUGAGUAAUCUUGAAAAUGGAAAGUUUGGAUUGGCCUUCAACCUCUUCUGCCCUCAUCUUCAUCUUUAUAUCACUUAUACAGACAAUUUGGAGGAGGCUGUCAAAGUCCUACAGGAACAAAUAAGGAAAAAUAAGCAAUUUAUACGUUUUAAGAAGCUCCAAGAGUCUAGACCAGAAUUCCAAGGGCUGAAACUGGAGGAUUUGCUUCCACUGCCGCUUAAGCGGGUUCAUCAGUACAAGCAUUUAUUGCGAGACCUGAUUGAAAAUACCAGCCCCGACAGUCCUGAAUUUCAACAGCUCACAAAUGCCGUGAAAGCAGUUUCUGAAGUUUCUCGGCACAUUCAAGACCAGGCUCGGAGCCGUGAAAACCACCUGCAGAUGCUGAGAGUUCAGAAGAUGCUGAAGGGAAGGUGGAGCAAGGUGUUGGCUCCAGGAAGAAAAUACAUUCGAGAAGGCUGGCUGGCAAUUGUGCCACCUAAGGGUGAGGAUUUGAAGCACAGAAUGUUCUUCCUGUUUUCUGAUAUUCUCCUGAUGACCAAACCUUGUCACCCACUCCACCCUGUGCAUUCUGACAAGUUUGCCUGGCAGAAGACCUAUCCACUGAUCGAGGGCACUGUAGAGAAAGUCUUUGGACACACCAAGAGUCAGGGAGGGCUUAUUAAUCUAACUUUUCCUGAGGAGAAGCUGCUUGUGAUGUCGAAUGACCAGGAGGACGUCAAUAACUGGUACCGGUGCCUGUCUGCUGCCAUUGGACAGUUGAGGUCCCAUUCUGUCAUCAAAAAGAGGAAGGAUAAUCUAGCGAGGAGGCCCUUACGGUCGGUCAGAAAUGUUGCGCCAGAGGAAACCUACCUGACCCCCACUCAAAGUGGAAACAAGAGAAGCUUGAACAGUGACCAGCAGCAGGUGAAGGACACAAAUGUAACUUGCCUGCCUCUAAAUGAAGAGACAACAGUGAAACGCAUCCGACUGGAGAUGAGGCAUGAGGAUGCUGGCCCUAACACGGAGCACACAGACACCAACUGUACCAUUCUGUGAAGUUAUUGUGGAACAGCAGGGACUGGACUCCAAUGUCUGCAUGGAGGAUUUUUUUUUUUUUUUGAAAUUAUAAUUGUGCAAUGAAUUCCUCUCUACUGUUUUCACAUGACCAGUUUGAAAUGAUGAUGCAGCCACUGAAACCUGAACUGGUGGCUUGGAACUAACCAAGAAUUUUGGAUGGUUCGGCAGGAGACUUUGAAAUUUGCUGAUUCCGACACUUGCGUUCUGCAACUCAGUACCCGGUUUGUUUUGUGUUAUGUAAUGUGCGACAGAGCACUAGGAGGGAGGGGUGAUCAGAUAUUAAUAUAGGCAUCAUCUCCCUGUUCAUUUCAGGGUGACCUGUCAGACUGGGUCUUGAGCACUGAGCGGUACAGGGCUCUCUGAGCCUGGCUGAAUUUCACACGCCUGGAUGUUUGGGAGGAGCUGUUGACUGUGCUGCUGCUUUGCUGCUGGCUACAGCCUAAAAGCGAAUAGGAAUGUUUAUGUCAUCAACUUGAGCUAUGUCCAAGUUAACAGGAAUCUGUAUUGCUGGACUGCAUCAGCCCAUAAAUCAUAUGGUUAUAUAAGAGUAUACAGUAUACAGCAUCCCAUCGAACUUCGAGAUAAGCAUUCUGGGAAUCAGGGAACAUUUGGGUUGAGUGGUGAUCAUGAAGGCAGGUCAAACGUGCUCCACAAGGAGAAUGAUGUGCUGAGAUAAUCAGAAGUCUGUGUGGGAUAGCAGGAACUGCAGAAGCUGGAGAAUCUGAGAUAACAAGGUGCAGACCUGGAUGAACACAGCAGACCG